AUCAGCCAUUAACAAUCAUCAUCUCUUCUACUAUUACUACAUAUACUAAAUAAAUUAUAAAAAGAAAAACUUUAAAAUGUAGGUUUUUAAAGAUUUAAUCUAACAUUGUCACUGUUUUGAAGAGGAUUAAGGUUCAAGAUUCCUACAGAAUGAUGUUCCAUUGUUUUAUAAGCUUGUCAGUUCUUAAAAUCAAAGAAUCCAAGAUGUGGCUAACCAAAAAAAAAGAAUCCAAGAUGUGUUUAAAUGAAAUGUAAAUGGAAAUGAUUAACACUAUGCAAUGUACUGGCUUUUGUUGAAAGAUGAAAAUGAAAACUAUAGUUUCCUGAUCCCAUUUUAACUAUACGUAGGAGCAAAAGAAAGAAAAAUCUAUGGCCUGUGCAUCUUUUUCUUUUUUUCCCGCGCUGUAAAUCCUACUUUUUCGUUUCUGUCAAGCCAACCGCUCUCUCCGGCUUCAAUCUGAUAGUCAAAUCUGUGCUCUUGGUUGCUUUUUUAACAUAUCACAUUCACUUUCUUUUCUCCAAAUUCCUUUGUUUUUUGGGAGGGUCACAAUAACCCAAAAUCUUUCUGCUUUUUUUUUUUUUCAUGUUCCAAACCACAUUCACUCCCUUCAAUUCGUUCUAAUUUCAUCUGCCCAAAAUGGAAACAGUCAAACCCACAUCAACUUUCAGCAGCAACCAUAAGAGCAUGCUAGCAAGAACCUUUCAAAAGGUCAUCAACCUACGAACUGCAACAAAAGUUGCUUCAAGCAAUGGGAUUGGAAUCUGUGUUCUCACAUCCCAACUUAAAUUCCCACAAGAUGAUUCAACCCCAGAUCUCAAAACUUCUUCACAUGCAGACAAACAUGGGGACUACAAGGUUAAGCAAAAAGCAGUUUUGGAAGCUCUGAUUGCCAAGGUUUUUGCUAGUGUUACUUCUAUCAAAGCUGCUUAUGCUGAGCUGCAAAUGGCUCAACAUCCUUACAACAGUGAUGCUAUUCAUGCUGCUGACCAAGCUAUUGUGGAAGAACUUAGAGCUCUUUCAGAGCUAAAGCGCAAGUUUUUAAAGAAAGAGCUUGAUCUUUCACCUCAAGUUACUCUGAUGCUUGCGGAGAUUCAGGAACAGCAAAGCUUGAUGCGAACUUACGAGAUCACAAUCAAGAAGUUGGAAUCCGAUGUUGAAGAAAAAUGUUCAGACAUUGCUUUACUUCACAAGCAGUUUGAAGAUUGCAAUGCUUUUAACAAGUCCUUAGAAAAGAAACUAAACGCCAGUGGGCCUUUGUCAAUGUUUGAUAAUAUCCAGUUUACAACGUUGAAUCCAAGUCACUUUCUGCAAGUUUUACACUGUACUUUGAGAUCUGUUCGCAGUUUUGUGAAAAUGAUGAUCAAGGAAAUGGAGUUAUCCAAGUGGGAUCUUGAUGCAGCUGCUAAAACCAUUGAACCUGGAAGCGUUUUUGCAAAACAGAGCCACAGUUGCUUUGCAUUUGAAUCUUUUGUGUGUAAAAGAAUGUUAGAAGGCUUCAAUUCCCAUGAUUUUGGGCUCACAAAAGAUUCUGCCUCAAAAAAACUGGACCGUGAGCAUUAUUUCAACAAAUUCAAGAACCUGAAAUCUGCUCACCCAAAAUCCUUCUUAAUUCAAAACUCAAACUCUUCUUUUGCUAAAUUCACCAGAACCAAGUAUCUCAACCUUGUCCAUGCCAAAAUGGAAUGUUCAUUUUUUGGAAACUUGAACCAAAGGAAGCUAGUUACCUCCGGUGGGUUCCCGGAUACAGCUUUUUUCACAGCUUUUGCAGAGAUGGCUAGGCGCUUUUGGUUCUUGCAUUGCUUGGGAUUCUCAAUGCAUGAACAAGUUUCGGUCUUCCAGGUAAAGAAAGAUUGUAGAUUCUCUGAGGUUUACAUGGAAAACGUGAGUGAAGAAUCACCUUUUUCCGGUGAAAUCAACGAUGCAAAUAUUGAUACUAGAGUCAGUUUCACGGUGGUUCCAGGGUUCAAGAUUGGUAAAACUGUGAUACAAAGCCAAGUUUAUUUAUCACCAGUGAUUACUCCUCCGGUGAGUCAUUGAUCUUUUUUUUUAAUACUAAAUGUACAUGUAAUGGUGUUAUCCACGCUUUUGUUGGUUACACGCGCCGCUAGAUGUAAGGUU